CGGUGCGUACUCUUAACCCUACUGUGUUUGUAUUUUGUAAUAAUUCUUUUUGUAAUGCUCUGGAGUUUUGUAUUUAAAAUAUAUUUUAAACAAUAUAUGUUUUUGUAUUCUAAUUUGAAUGGGUAAUAAGUAAAUUUUAUUAUUUGUAUUCUGAUGAAUGAGUGACAGGGAAAUAAAUUUGUUAUUGUUGUUCCGCUAAUUAUGAGUUUGCCGGUUGUAAAUUUAAUGUCGGACUCGGAAGACGGCAAUGACGAUGUUUGUAACAGCUUUAUUGUUAGUUCAAAUAAAAUGCCAGAAAAUUUCAGUACAAAAGAAACUACUUCAAGAUACACAUGCUCUUGUAAGUGCAGUCAUACAACUCCUCAGGUAGAUCCACUAUUCAGAAUUAUAUUCAGAGAUGAACAUAUUGCCAGGAAGUAUCGUCUGAGAAUUGAGGAUAUUUUAAAAUAUGUAUUAACAUCUAAAAUUGAUGAUCAAAAUAGUGGAUUGUCUGCAUCAGAUUUAGUUUUAGAAGUUUAUGAUCCAGCUACUGUAUCUAUCGUGAAUACAAAUUUGCCAAGAGUUCCGAAUUCUACUAACAAAUUUGAAGUUGAAAGGCCUAAUAACAGUCAAAUUGAGGCUCAUCAAGCAAUUAAUUAUCAUGAUUCUUCUUUCAAUGUUUUGGAAAAGGAAAAAAAACAAGAAAUAAUUAAAGAAAAUGAAAAGAAAAGGAAAAAUCAAUGUCUGAUCCCUAUAACGUUUCCCAGUAACAACCAUAAUUUAGUAGAUAAUGUACCUCUACAAAAGAAAAUAAAAAUUGAAGACACGAUGGAAAAUAAAACUAAUGUUCAACCAGAAUUAGAACCCAAGCAAGUACAGGCAACUAUCAAUGAUGGAAAUUCUUCAGCUUUAUCAAUAAUUUAUCAAAAAAUAUUAAAGCAAGAACAUCCUCAAGAAAAUAGAGAUUUAGAAACUUGCUUUGACAAUUAUUCUGUACAAAUAGGUUCUUAUGGAUAUUCUCAAGACAAAAGUAUAUUUAUAUCAAAAGAUGGCUUAACAUUUUUUGUGCCAACAUUUAAAAGAGGCAUGCAAUUUGUAAUUUUAAACAUUGAAAUAGAUGAAAUUACCAAAGUUUUCACUCAUUUUUCCAAUAUCAAACCGUCGAUAUUUUUCUUUGUGACCAAAAAAGCUGCUGAAGGUAUAAGAAAUUUAUUGCGUAUGAAUGAUCCAAACGGACCUUACAUAGAUGCUGGAAGCAUGAAUGCCAUUCAUCAGCGAAUAGUAAUUUUACCUUCAGUAAUCAGUGAUGAAUCCAAAGAAAUAAUAAGGCAGUUGUUCAAAAAUAUUCCAACAAUAGAUAUAAAUGAAAAUUAUGCAGAAAGUCUUCUAGGAAGAGACAUUCCUAUGACUUCGAACGCUCCAGCAACGCCGACAAAUCAUCAAACACCUUCAAAUGCAAAUAAUCUCGUUAUCGAGAGUGAAUGCUAUAGUGAAAUGAAAAUAAUACAAAAUACUAAUGACAUAGGAGUCAAAAAAAAUAAAAAUUUAUGCACAAUAUUUUUCUGUCGGGUUUUAAGGGUAGGAACAUUUGAAUACCCUAAAAGAAGAGUAUUUUCUAUAGAUAUAAAUGGUAUAAAAUUUUGUAUACCACACUUAAUAAACGUUUCUUCAAUCGUAACAGUGUAUGUCAAAAUUGAAAAAAUAGUUAAACUCAGAAUAAGUUUCUCUGAAGCAUGCCCAGUUAUUUUUUUACAUAUAAGUGCUGAAGCUGCAGCUAGAAUUAGAUCAUCAAUUGGCAUGAAUGAUCCAACUCACCUAGAUCCUGAUUGUGGAGAUGAGACACGCAAUAAAAUAAUUAUUCUACCUCAACAAUUAUCUGAAAACUGUAAGAUUAUACAAAAACUUUUUAAAAUUGGAUUGGUAGAAAAAUUGAAUGAAAACGUUGCAAAUAACAUUCUCAUAAAAUCAUUUUCAAAAACGACUGAGUUAAUAAACCCAAUUGCACUAAAUGUGAAUGCAGCAUCAGAACCUAAUGAUAGUAAUAACAAAAAUAUUCGUGUCAGUUUUGUAUCUAAUUCAGUAAAAAUAGGUACUUACAAAUGUGUGCAAUUGGAUACCAAUGUCGUAAUUUCCACCAAUGGAUUGAGUUUUCAUGUGCCAAAAGUUGGUAGUCAUGUUUUCAAAAACAUUGUCAUACCUUUCAAUGAGAUGACCAAAGUUUAUUACUGUUUUAAAAAAAUUUUUUCACUAUUUGUCUGUACCACUGAAUCUUGUGCAGAAAGAAUAAGAAGUAUACUAGAAAUGCCUAUGAUCAACAAUGGCAAUGUAUAUUUCAAUCCAAACAGCGCAGUAAGGGCUGAACAACGAAUAACUAUUAUAUUCAAUCAUUCGAAGUUACAUGAAAUACCAAUACUUAAAAAUCUGUUAAAUCAUACAAUGUCUGAGGAAGUAACAAAAAAAGUAGCUCGUCAAAUGAAGCUGAAUAAAUUGUAAAAUAAUUAAAUUAUGAACAACCAAACAAUAGAAUAUUUUUUCUUAUAAAACAGGAGUUGAAUAGACUAAUCAUUUAAAAAUAUUUUGUAUGUACAAAUAAAGAAUAUAUUCUGUAUUAAUGUUCAAUUUUAUAUACGAUAAAUAAUCUCUAAUCAACUAUAAGCUC